GCCGCUGCCCGGGGCCGGGCGCCCGCGGCGGCACCAUGAGUCCCCGCUCGUGCCUGCGUUCGCUGCGCCUCCUGGUCUUCGCUGUCUUCUCGGCCGCCGCGAGCAACUGGCUGUACCUGGCCAAGCUGUCCUCGGUGGGGAGCAUCUCAGAGGAGGAGACGUGCGAGAAGCUCAAGGGCCUGAUCCAGAGGCAGGUGCAGAUGUGCAAGCGGAACCUGGAGGUGAUGGACUCGGUGCGCCGUGGCGCUCAGCUCGCCAUUGAGGAGUGCCAGUACCAGUUCCGGAACCGGCGCUGGAACUGCUCCACGCUCGACUCCCUGCCUGUCUUCGGCAAGGUGGUGACACAAGGGACUCGGGAGGCGGCCUUCGUGUACGCCAUCUCUUCAGCAGGUGUGGCCUUUGCGGUGACGCGGGCGUGCAGCAGUGGGGAGCUGGAGAAGUGUGGCUGUGACCGGACAGUGCACGGGGUCAGCCCGCAGGGCUUCCAGUGGUCGGGAUGCUCGGACAACAUCGCCUACGGCGUGGCCUUCUCCCAGUCCUUCGUGGACGUGCGGGAGAGAAGCAAGGGGGCCUCAUCCAGCCGCGCCCUCAUGAACCUCCACAACAACGAGGCCGGCAGGAAGGCUAUCCUGACACACAUGCGGGUGGAGUGCAAGUGCCACGGGGUGUCGGGCUCCUGUGAGGUAAAGACGUGCUGGCGAGCCGUGCCGCCCUUCCGCCAGGUGGGCCACGCACUGAAGGAGAAGUUCGACGGCGCCACAGAGGUGGAGCCGCGCCGUGUGGGCUCCUCCAGGGCGCUGGUGCCGCGCAACGCACAGUUCAAGCCGCACACUGACGAGGACCUGGUGUAUUUAGAGCCCAGCCCGGACUUCUGUGAGCAGGACAUGCGCAGCGGCGUGCUGGGCACGCGGGGCCGCACGUGCAACAAGACGUCCAAGGCCAUCGACGGCUGCGAGCUGCUGUGCUGCGGCCGCGGCUUCCACACGGCGCAGGUGGAGCUGGCCGAGCGCUGCAGCUGCAAGUUCCACUGGUGCUGCUUCGUCAAGUGCCGCCAGUGCCAGCGGCUGGUGGAGCUACACACGUGCCGGUGACCGUGGUGGCCCGCCGGUGACCACCCCGCGGCCCACCGAAGGCCGGUAAUUUAAACAGCCCCCCGCACCUACCCCAAAAGAUACUGGUUGUAUUUUUUGUUUUGGUUUGGUUUUUGGGUCCUCAUGUUAUUUAUUGCUGAAACCAGGCGGGCGGCCCCAAGGGCACCAGCCAGGGCCUCUCCGAAGCCUGGGCCUUCGUGGCUGCCAUUGACCAAAGGGACCUUGCUCGUGCCUCUGGCUGUCCACAUGCGGCCGCUGCUGACCACGUGGGUGUUAGCCCUGUUUUUCUACUCGCAGACUUGAGCAGGGUAACAAGGAGUGUUCGCCACGUGCCCCCUGACCCUGCCAUCUAGGGAAGGAGGUGGCCCUAAGGCAGGGGGAAACCGGCGCCAUCUUGAUGAACUUGCACCCCU